UUAAACCAUUCGAAAUGAGCUAAAUGUCAGAAGCUACAUUUUGCUUUUAUCAGACCAUACACCAGACGAUUACUUCAGGCAUAAUGCAGCUCAUCAGAGCUUUUGCAUUCCUUUGCUUGGUGAUUUCAGUGGGUGCGCAGAGGAAUCACAGACUGACCUGUUAUCUGGAUGGUUUAACACACCGCACACGUGAGGGCCCAUGCACUCAUAUCAUUCUCCCCUCGAUCUCCAGUGAGGAAGACCUUUACCGCCAAAGCUUGAAGGAAGAUGACCGCAUUAUCCUUAGAUCGAUGAAGGAGAGAAAUCCAACUUUGAAGAUUUUGCUUGGAUUGGAAGUGAGAUCAUCAAGGUUGGAUCUGAUGUCUGCUAAUGAGGGCAGUGUUGAGAAUUUCACUCAAACGGUAUUGACAUUCUUGAAGGACAAGAGUUUAGACGGUCUAGACGUGAUUUGGCCGGACGGCCUCACUUCUGACGCAUCUACCAGAAGCAAAGAGCUGUUCUCAAAUUUCCUAAAGAGUCUAAAAGGCGCUUUUGAUGAAGAAACAGAGCCUCUGCUUUUGUCAGUGUCUGUACUAGAGGCCAUUGACAACAGUACAACACUUUCACAGUAUGUGGACUUCAUCUCCAUUCUGCCUGCUCAUCUUGAAAAUGAUGGACUAUACAUUAACAAAUCAGUCCAACACUGGCAGGAUCAGCAAGUUGACCUGCAAAAGCUCAAUCUAGUCAUGCCUGGAUUUCUCCGGAGGUCACGUCGAAGGCAUCAUCAUAGACAUCAUUCCACACACGAUGACAUGAAUUCAGAGGAAGGAAAGAAGAAUCACAUCCAUGUUUUGGGCUUAUACAUGGGUGGUCAGGUCUGUCAGGUCAUUAAAAGUGGACAAGAGCAGUUUAUUACUUUAACAGUUCUUUCAGAUGAGCAUAGUCUUGUUAAGGAGGUGCUCCAGGAAGGCUUUGGUGGCGUAGGGGUUGUCUUCAUAGAUCUUGAUGUCUUUGUUAACUCCAUAUGUGUAAACAUUAAUCAAGAUGAAAGGAGAAUUGUUGAAUCAAAAGUGAUUAUGCAUUCACAUCAUGGGCGUCAUGAUCAUCAUCACAGAAGGGAACAUCACCUCAGCCACCACCAUCAUCGCUCUUCCCAUCUUCCUCAUGGCAGCCAUGAUACUGGUCAUCACCAUCACCACAGACAUCAUUCCCACAGGGAUGGACAUCAUCACCAUGGUCAUCAUCGCCAUCGCCAUCACCAUCACCCCCAUCCAAUAACUCCUCAAAGCAACAUGACCCGGGAAGAAUAGCAGGGCAUGGAGUGAACUUGCAUAGGAUGUAAGUUUAUGAAAUCCAUCCAAAGGUGGUGUUUUAAGUUUGGCAAGUGUAAGUAUAAAUAACCAAAUAUAUGUAUUAUAUAAUACGUAUAUGAUAUUAAUAAUACAACAUUUGAAUAUUACUUUUGUUUAAGUUUGAGGCAAAAUAAUCAAACUUUAUAUAAAUUAUAAAUCACAAAAAAAUUACAAUUUAAAUAUUACUUCUUCAGCAUUAUAGUGAUGAGCUUCUUUUUUAGUUAUGUCAAUGACAUUGCAAUAUGGUAAUGUAAAUUAUAUAUUUUUUUGUAUUACUGUAAUGAUCAUUUUUAUGCACUGUAGUUUUGUGUAGAAUUAUGUUUUUUUGCUUCAUAGCAAUUAGAAUAAUUUUGUUUUGCAUUAUGGUAAUGAGAUUUUUGUUUUCAUGUCUUCACUAAUUGCUUAUUAUCAGUGGUGGAAAUGGCUGAGAUUCAUUGAAGGACCCUUGUUGGGGACAUAUUUCGUAUUUUUAAACCAUAAAUGCAGAAAAUCCCACUAUAUUUGUUUAUGUAUGAAAUUUGCAUAAAAUAUGGAAAUCCUCUAUAUGGUGAACUGGACGCCUGUCCUUUCUUGAAAUUCACUCAUUGGAUUUUAACCCCAACCCUCCCUCAUUUCUAGCCUUGUUUAAUAUGAGAAUGUAACAAUAUAAUCAUGCUUUUCAGUGUUAAAACACAGAUAUUGUGUUAUUGUGUGUCAGAGAGCUUGAUAACAGAUCAAUACAGCAUUAUGAAAUAAAUACGUAUAGCCCAAAAAGUC